UUUGCACAAGCCGCCGGAAGUGUGCCGCUCCGAGAGGCCGCCCCUCUUCGUUCAUUCAGCAAAUUCAAGUGCAAUAUAACGAGAUUUAUCUUUUCCUUUUUUCAAAUUGAAAAAUUAAAAUUAUGGCCACAAAACGCAAAGUAGACAUGAUUGUCCCCGCCGAGGAAAGCGACCAGCUACUAAUUCGUCCACUCGGUGCUGGUCAAGAGGUUGGGCGGUCAUGUAUUAUCCUCGAAUUUAAAGGAAGGAAAAUUAUGCUAGACUGUGGCAUUCAUCCCGGCUUGGAGGGAAUGGAUGCUCUCCCCUACAUAGACUUGAUCGACCCAGCUGAGAUAGACCUGUUGCUCAUCAGCCAUUUCCACCUGGAUCACUGCGGAGCUCUGCCUUGGUUCCUCCAGAAGACCAGCUUUAAAGGGAGGACCUUCAUGACCCAUGCCACUAAGGCCAUCUACCGCUGGCUUCUAUCAGAUUAUGUCAAAGUCAGCAACAUCUCUGCAGACGACAUGCUGUAUACUGAGACUGACCUGGAGGAGAGCAUGGACAAGAUUGAGACCAUCAACUUCCACGAGGUCAAGGAAGUGGCUGGGAUCAAGUUUUGGUGCUAUCACGCUGGUCAUGUGCUGGGAGCUGCCAUGUUCAUGAUCGAAAUAGCUGGAGUCAAACUGCUAUACACAGGAGACUUCUCCCGCCAAGAAGACAGACAUCUAAUGGCAGCUGAGAUCCCCAGCGUCAAACCUGACAUCUUAAUCAUAGAGUCAACCUAUGGUACUCAUAUCCAUGAAAAGAGGGAGGAGCGUGAAGCGCGGUUCUGUAACACAGUCCAUGACAUUGUCAACAGAGAGGGCCGCUGUUUAAUCCCUGUGUUCGCUUUGGGACGGGCCCAGGAACUGUUGCUUAUUUUGGAUGAGUACUGGCAGAACCACCCAGAGCUCCAUGACAUCCCCAUUUAUUAUGCUUCAUCUCUGGCCAAGAAGUGCAUGGCUGUGUACCAGACUUAUGUCAACGCAAUGAACGACAAGAUCCGCAAGGCCAUAAACAUCAAUAAUCCUUUUGUCUUCAAACACAUCAGCAAUCUAAAGAGCAUGGAUCACUUUGAUGACAUCGGCCCCAGUGUGGUGAUGGCAUCUCCAGGUAUGAUGCAGAGCGGCCUGUCCAGAGAGCUCUUUGAGAGCUGGUGCACUGAUAAGAGGAAUGGAGUUAUCAUCGCUGGAUACUGUGUGGAGGGGACACUGGCCAAGCACAUCAUGUCUGAGCCUGAGGAGAUCACCACCAUGUCCGGACAGAAGCUGCAGCUGAAGAUGUCGGUGGACUACAUCUCCUUUUCUGCCCACACUGACUACCAGCAGACCAGCGAGUUCAUCAGGGCUCUCAAACCACCACAUGUGAUCCUGGUACACGGGGAGCAGAAUGAGAUGGCCCGUCUGAAGGCUGCGCUGAUCAGGGAAUACGAGGACAAUGAUCAGGUUCACAUCGAAGUCCACAACCCUCGCAACACAGAGGCUGUCACGCUGAACUUCAGAGGAGAGAAACUGGCCAAGGUGAUGGGCUCACUGGCUGAUAAGAAAUGCAUUCAGGGUCAGAGAGUGUCAGGAAUACUGGUGAAGAAGAACUUCAACUAUCACAUCCUCAACCCCUCUGACCUGUCCAGUAAGUGACUUAAUUUCCCCAGUAUUCUUCCACUUGAAGCACAGAACAACCUGAGCAUUUUUAGAAAUGUUUUUAGUUUGGUUAUACUCCAAGCUCUGGUUCCUUGGUCUGAGCUGAUGAUUAACUGAAAUUAUUGAGUGGAAGGACAAAAGGAUGUGUAAUGACUAGCUGGGACUUCAACGUGUUAAUUAGAUUAUCGCAUUUAGUCACACCUUUCUCAGUUCCCUAAUUUGCGGCACACCGGUAACACUGAGGAACACCGAAGCUCGUGUCACUCUAAUGAACCACUGUGUGUUGACUCUAAGUGCCGGAGCUUGAAUCAAGUGGCAAUUGUCACGUGGCUGAUGAAGGCACUUCACAAAGCAUUUCAUUGGUUUACAGCUUGAAUGUUUUGGCGCUUUACUAUGCUAUAUAUGACGCUUCAAUGACACUCCAAGAUGUGGGUUUUGAGAGAGGAGUUUGUAUGUUCCGAGUUAUGCUGAGUGGCAGAAGACGGUCCUCUGUGUGGGAGUAUUUCAACUUGACAACAUCGACCAAGAAAAAACGUGAUUUGUGAUAUUCAGAUUUUAUCAGCAUCAUGCCCAUGUUCACAAGCACAACUAGUGACACUUGUAUUUGAUCGUACUUCACCAAUAUGACCAAAAUUGAAUGGCCAUAUGCACACAUAUGUAUGUACGUGUGUGUGUGUGUGUGUGUGUGUAGGAAUGAAAUACAGCCUGAAAACUAGAGUCACACAAGUUUGACAUUUAAACUUUGUGCUGGUACAGCUCUGCAGGUUGCACUUGAGUCUUCUAGUUUUUCUCUAACUUUUGGUGAAAGAUCAAAUUCAGCCAUUAACACAUGGCUUUAUAUUUUAUGUAAUAUUUACUUUAUUUGCUAAACAAAAAUAGACAGAUGCAACAUCGCUAAUAACUUCAAAUCUGUUUAUUACCAUGCAACUUUAAAUGCGUUUAACUGCACGCAUUUGAGACUGAAACAAUGGUGUUUUGUACUAGUGCUUCGGUCAAAUUAUGAAAUAGCUGCUGUAAUUCCAGUCUGCCACCAGAUGUCACUGUUCCUCCUCACAGCGAAGCCCCAAAGCUGAGAAUCAUUUUCGGCACAAAAAGAGAGAAAGCCUCAAAGCUUCGCAAGGCUUCGUUCUCCCAUCACAAGUCUGCAGUGAAGAAGAUACCCAGCUCAAAGAGGUUUGGUAAACAGAGAAGGAAGACGAGAGGCAUUGAGCUUGUUGGAAGGAAAGUUUUCUUUUAAAAAUAUUCCUGGUGGCAGCUUGGAUAAAAGCGUGGUUGUAGCAAAUUGUUCUACAAAGAGUUUUCUGAUCACCUCAGUGUGAAACAUGUUGCUGUUAGCAGCAGAGCUAACAUUAGCUACGGCAGUCCUGCUAACGGUUAACGGCUAACGGUGUAGCCAUCCCAUAGUAGACAACUUUUCAAGACACUGAAAGUGUUUUAGUUUACAAAAAGGCUUAAAAUGUUGAAUAUAAUCACUAUAAUUGCAUUUUGAGUUUGCAGUAAUCUGUGAAUGUAGCAGACAGAUGAAAAAUACAGAUAAACAGAAAUUAAACAAACACUCAUGUGAUUUAAGUUAUUUCACUGCACUGUUGCCAACUCCUCAGUAAGGAAAGUCGCUGUUGGCUGUCCUAAAAGUCGCUUGAAGUCGGUAAAUGACGUCAUCGCCUAAUUUGCAUAUUUCCCAGUUUGCAUGUAAUUGUAAACGUUUUAGGAGAGAGGAAUAACAUUGUGAAAGAGACCAAAAAGUGAAUAUAAAAUACCCAAAAUAUGUUUUUGUACUAGAGGCUAAAUGCUGUGGUUUAUUUUAGCAUGACAGUGAAGAAAGAUUUUCGUUUAUAUGGCUCCGUAAGUCUGGAUGGGAUCUGUAGUGACUGCGCAUGCGCGAUUCAUCUGCCGUCUGGCCGCGGAGUGAUGUGGGUCUCCCCCUCCCCUCACUGGGACUGCUGCGGGGUUACUGGACUGACAGCCUGUGCUCUGGGAGGGGUGAAGCUCACAGCCGCACCUGCUGCUUGUUGAGGACAGUAACUGCAGAAUGAGCCGAGUUUUCCUAUUAGAGUCUCCAAAACGGCAGAAAAAGUCGCUAGAUUUGUCGCUAGUCGCUUUUGACCAAAAAAAGUCGCUAGGAGCUUUGAAAAGUCGCUAGAUUUAGUGAGAAAGUCGCUAAGUUGGGAACACUGUUUCACUGCCAAAGGAGAGACGGCAGGUCUGAUUUGUGGCACUGACAGCGAGCAGUGACACUUUUUGUGGCACCGCUGUGGUGCCACGGUUAAUGCCACUGUGCAGUGACACUUUUUGUGGCACCGCCGCGAUGCCACGGUUAAUGCCACUGUGCAGUGACACUUUUUGUGGCACCGCGGCGGUGCCACGGUUAAUGCCACUGUUUGGGUGAGAUGCCACUGCCGCAGCGGCAUUUCCAGUGGCCUCUGGAGAUGCCAGCAGAGAUGCCACGGUUAAUGCCACUGUUUAGGGAACAUGCCAUGGUUAAUGCCAGUACUUUUACCGCUGUUUGGGCGAGAUGCCAUGGUUUAUUCCGCUGUCUGAGGGAGAUGCCACCAGGGGUGAAAGUAAGCCGGAACGGUCCGGAACUGCUUACCGGCAAAAGAUCUGGUGGCGGAAAGCAGUUCCGGGAAAAGAUCUGCUGGCGGUACGCCGCUCUUCCACCGGUAUCUAUGUGUACGCCGGUACGCCGCCCGGCCUGCCUGCUAUCCAUAGAUAUCGACCGGAGUUCACUCAGCAGUACGUGAGUGCGCAUGCGUGUCUACUUCAGUAACACAGCGAUUGUUAUGGCCAGUAGCAGCCAAUAGCAAAUAGGUGCGCUUGAUUUAUUGCACUGGGACGAGCAAUAAAUUACACGAGAAAUUCCACACGUUCUUGUGAUUGGCUGAAAAACUUUCAACAGGAUUUACAAGGGUUAGCAUCGACGGAAUGGGGUGAAAGUAAGCCGGAACAGUCCGAAACUAUUACUAAUAGUUCCAGCAAGAAUUUAAAACUACUUUCACCCCUGGAUGCCACGGUUCAUGCCACGGUGCAUUGGGAUCUUAAAGUUUUUUUGUUGUUUUUUUUUUACCAGCACUCUAGCAACUCUGUUAUGAAUGGCAAUCAGCGUUUAGCCCCCUCCCUCGUCUCCAUGCUGUUUUGAAGAAUUCUCAUCAGAGCCUCGCACAGAAAUAAAGUUGUGCAAUUAAAAGCAGAUGAAAUUUAAACUGAUUAAACUGAAAGUAAAUAUUAGUUACUAUCAAAAUUUAAAUACAAUACAGAAUACAAAAAAGUAGAUUAGUAAAUACAGUAAUAAAAUCCAAAAUAUGAGGUGUGUGUAUCAUAUUUGUCUCGAACAACUCAACCAUUUUAAUACAAUAUAAAUACAAUACAAAAUACAAAAAAGUAAAAUAGUAAAUACAGAAAUAAAAUACAAAAUAUGAGGUGUGUGCAUCAUAUUUGUCCCGAACAACUCAACCAUUUUAAUACACUAUAAAGACAAUACAGAAUACAAAAUAAAGUAAAAUAGUAAAUACAACAUAUAUGGUGUGUGUGUGUGUGUGGGAGGGGGUGUUUUCCUGGAUUAAUUUAUUUACUCAGGUUCAUAACCUCCUCAAACCUGGCAAAUAUUUUCAGGGUUUUUUUGUCGACUAUUUCUUUAAUGAAGUUCUCAUAGUCAUCAUGUUUUUCAAAAACAAAUGACAUCAUUUCCAUUGGAGAGGACUCAUCAAAUUCACCCUCCCAGCUCUGCAGUUCUUUGAGGACUUCCAUUUGUUCCCCUUUGUCCAUUGAAAUGACAGCUGGCAGCUUCAAGGCUCCCCCAAAUUUGGAAUUUUUGCACCAGUCAGCUGCAGCUAUGACAUGCAUUAGAAGCACUGUUCCCUGCAGUAAAGAGAAAAACCUCAUCGAGGUAUUUUGCGUAUACAUCAUUCACAACUAGUUUUUAAAGUUACAGAGUAUUUACUAUACACUCUUAAAGAGAUCACAUAUUAAAACUGUCUGUUAUAUUUGUCCCAGUUAAUGCAUACUGGCAGCAAAUGAAAUCUGCGUCAUGCCACGUAGUUAGGUAUUGCUGUAUUUCAUUAUUAUGCAACAUAUAUCUAAUGUGAAAACUUUAUGGGAUUAAUUAGGUUAAUGUUAAAGUUUUUGUAUUUUCUAUUUUUUUAUGUAUUUACAGGAUCCCUUAGUAGAAGCAGAAUGGUGUUGCUAAGGUGAAGUAUGUCUGUGUCUGUUUACAAAUCUGUUUACAGACAAGCAGCAGAACACUGACAAACUUCAUCUCCCAGGUUUUUAUUCAGCUGCAAUGUUAUGCCAUUAUAAGAACAUAAAAUAAUGAAUAUGACAAUGUACAGAUCUCUGUAUAAGUUUCAAGCAACACAGAGCAUAGAGUUUCAAGGAAAUAUUAUCACAUACUUUACUUUCUGAGAAGUAGAUAUUAAGUUGUUGGUUAGUGCAGAAAUAGAAUAAUUUCUUACCGGUUCUGUAUUUUCCUCUGUCACUGUGGUUUAAGCCUUAAGAUGCUUUUUACUAAGAUGACUUCUGUUGGCUAGUUCUUUUCCUGUGCAGAAAAUGCACUGUGAACCAACACAGGCCAACAAUGACUCCGUAUCACAGAACACCUGAUGAGAACCUGUGAAGAACAGUAACAAUGUUGGUUAUAACAGCACGUUCCACCAUGACAUGCUCGGUGGAAGUCAAGGUGGAAGUUAUUUUAGGUACUUGUGAAAGUGGCUUUUCUCACCUUCCAUUUCCAUUUGCUAUUUCUCACCAACUCAAAACUCUGUGGAAAUAUUGAAUUGAAUGGUCAACAAGGAAUGAUAGUAAAUGAAUAUCACUUAUGCUUGUAUGUCACAAUGUAAAAGUAGCUAUAAAUGUGGAGAGGCAAUUUUUUUUAGUUUUUUAAAUGUUUGUUAGUGUAAUGUGUUAAUUAAAUUUGACUGUAAACUUUUAAAUUGCUAACAUUGUGUUAAUAAAACCAGCCAGUGUGUCGUGGAAGGCUUGCUAAUUGAAUGCCACAAGACCAUUGCUCCUGUCUCUCCAAAUCCAGAGUGGCUGACGUGAGCUGUGUGAUUACCUUUUUGACGACCUGCUGGGUUGCCAGGUCCAGUUUGAAGCGUCAGUCCAGUAACAAAGUGGUUGAUGUAGGCCUACAUGAUGUGGCAACUAUUUACCAGAAUUUAAACAGUUUGAACGUGUGGACCUGGUAUUAUUGUUAAGAUGCAGCAGUUUCAUUAGUCUGGAUUUUAUAAUCCCUUUUCCUGGUUUGAAAAAUCAAGCAUGUUGUGAUCUCUAUCACCUGUUAAGACUAGGCUAUUUAACACCUAAAAUACCUUCUUCUUUGUGCAAUAUACCAGAAAAACCAGAAGGCUGGUUUCAAGGCUGAUUGGUUUAAUGUACUGACACUGUGAGCAUGACAUGUCUGGAUCUGUGGUCUCUACAAGAAACAUAUUUUGGCAACAUAUUACUUUCAAAACCAUAGGCAAAAUGCAUGAUUGAAAGAUGUAACUGAAAGAUAAACAGCAUAAGACAUGACAGUCCAGUAACGGUACAGUCAGACCAAGUCAAAGUCUACAGAAGUAGACUUAGAUAUGUAGAAUAUAUAAAUUGUAAAAUUGUUCCUCAAAAUUGUAGCACAAUUGUUUAUAUGCUUUUAUUCAUGUAUCAUGUUUACAUCCCUGGCAUCUUUCCCAAAAAGCAACAUCAGCUGUGGCAUCUUUGUGGCAGUUGUAACCCACGCCUGGUAAAGCCUGUAAUAAUCAAGAAAGGACACAGACAAGUUAUUUCAAACAGUUUUAGUAAACAUAUUUUCAGGUAACAAUCCACACAACAUGUGUAACAACUGAAUGAAAAUGGAAAUAAAAUAGCCUAUUUCGGGAGAACUGAGGAUGAAUUUGUUUCACAUUACUCCAGUCUGCCAGCAUUUGGCAGCAGUUUCUUCCCUCAAAUAAAUACUGCGGUCAAGCCAGCCGCCUCUCGUUUCUCCGUAGUCAAGCCAGCCGCUCCUACAUUUUCAGUGCGCUCUUAUCGUCAGCUUACGGUAAAUGCACGAGCGUGCAUCAACUAUUUCCGGUUUAAAAAAUAAAACGCUGCAUUCGCAGAUGUAUUAUACAGGGAUGUUUUAAGUAACUGACUCAGCUUAACUGUUAACUAUCGAAUUGUACGGCUAAUAUUUACACUAAAUAAAUAGCUUGAAGUAUAAGAAGCUGAAAACUUGUUGAUCUAUCUGUCUGUCUGUCUGUCUUAAAAAUUGUGAAUUCAAAUAAAAAGUGAUGUGUGUCAUCCCA